CACUGAGCCGUUGAUUCACCAGACACGGACACCUUCCGCUCCAUGUGUCACACAACACUGACGCGAGAAUCUUGUGCCUUUUUUCCUUUUAAAUUCUUUCUGUUCCCUUCCCCUCUAUCUCUCUAAUAACCAUGCAUCUCUGGUAAAGCAAACGGGAGUGGGACUGUUCUCAUGUUCAUGGUUCUAGCCACAUUCCUUGCUGAGGUGGCGCACUACGUGGAUUCUCGAGGCUGGUUUUUGCGAUGACAGUCUUACGCGUUGAUCUGCUGAGACGAGCAGUCCGGAGAUCUCGAUUUUUAACACUUUGUAAGCCAUGCCUUGUGGACAGCUCGCCCCGAGCCUCAAUCUGCCUGGCUGCAGCUGCCAGGAAGGCCGAGCCAAUCAUCAAAGAUGACCGAAUCGCACAUCCCAUCCCUCUUAAGCACCGUAUCCCCCCAGGAUCAUGGGAUAGCCACAUGCACGUCGUGGAACCGAGUCGGUACCCGGUAUCUUUAGGCGCAGCUUACACACCCUCCUGUCACACCCUUGAGGAGGCGCUUGCCUUUGAAUCUACAUUGGGAAUCGAGAACAUCGUUCUCGUCCAGCCAUCCAUCUACGGUACCGACAAUUCGUGCCUCCUCGAGGCCCUGGAACGCAUCGGCGAGUCUCGCGGGCGAGGAGUGGUGGUCAUCGACCCGGCCACCACCUGUCCCACGGCUCUCUCCGCGUGGCAUACACUAGGCGUGCGGGGCGUCCGAGUAAAUCUGAAAUCAGUAGGGAAAGUCCUCUCCGAGUCCGAGCUAGCCGAAACCCUUUCGCAACACGCAGAGCUCAUCCGUCCCCUCGGCUGGAUGAUCCAGCUUUACUUGCCUCUGCACAUGAUGCCCACGCUCGAGCGGAUCGUUCCGUCCCUUGGAGUCAAAAUCUGCAUCGACCACUUUGGGUCUCCUCAACUCCCUUCAACCUCGAUCAUCACCAAUCGUCAAUUCAACCCAUACACCCUCCCAGGCUUUUCGGCGCUUAUCUCUCUGCUUCAAGCGGGGCAGACCUACGUCAAGAUCUCGGCCCCGUACCGUCUCAGCAAGGACAAACAACUGCGCGAUCUUAGGGCUAUCACGCGGGAACUUUUACGCAAGGCUCCGAGGCGGGUAAUAUACGCGACCGACUGGCCGCAUACGCGGUUUCAUGGUGUUGACGUUCGCCCGUUUACAGAGUUGUGUCUGCGGUUAUGUGCCAGUGAGACUGGCCUAACCGAGCGGGUGUUCAAGUCGAACGCGGAGGAGUUGAUGUGUGUGCAUGGUUAGCGCGAUACGAUUUAUGACUUAUGACUUGAUGUAUUUACAGAUGCGUAUUUCUUUACGCAUCACAUGAACGGAAAGA